AUGUCAACUUCACUUGAGGAACAAGAAGGUGAAAUAGAGGUACUUCAGUCUAUCUAUGAGGACAACUUCCGUAUGCUCUCUUCCAAAUCUCCUCAUCACUUUGAAAUUGAACUCCGUGGACAUGCAGUCGAUAAUCCCGACACGGCAGUUUCAUGUACUCUCUACUUUAGAUACUCUCCCAACUAUCCCUCAGAAGCUCCUCUUUUCGAAAUUCGCAACCAACGGGGCCUCUCCGAUGACCAGAAUAUGGACCUAGUAGUGCUCAUCUCCGACACCAUUAGCCGCUCUCUUGGGAUGGUGAUGAUUUUCGACGUUGUCUCCGACGUGCAACAGAAGCUUGAUGAGUUUACAGACGAGUUAAUUGCUGAGGUGAAAUCGCGUAAGACGAAGCAGACGAAAAUCAAGUCUCUUGCUGAAGCGGAGAGGGAAACAGAGGUGGAGAGAUGCUUGCUUUCUGGAACUCGUGUUACAGUUGAGUCAUUCAACGCUUGGAAUAAGGCUUUUUUGGCGGAGAUGGCAAAGGCAAAGGAGGCGGAAGAAGCAAAGGCUAAGAAGCUGGGCGUUGGUGGCGGCGGUGGACAGAACGCUGAGUCGAUGAAGCGACUCACAGGUCGUGAGAUGUUUCUCCGUGACGACCAGUUUGAUGACUCCGAUUUGACCUUCCUGGCUCAGGAGGGUGGCAAGAUUGUGGAGGUGGACGAGAGACUCUUUACAGAUAUUGGUGAAAUUGAUCUACCGGAUCUUGAAGGGUCUUGA